AUGGUCGAAAAAAGCGUGACUAGAGCGGUGGCUGCCAAGCGUGUCAAUGCGGUAGCUAGAAGAGAAGAAGCUGUUGUAGCAGAAUCGUUGACUCCAAGUAUUCUUGUUGGAAAUGAUGAUCCACAACGUGAGGCAGAGGCCAAUUUGGACAAUGAGUUUUUAACUCCAGACGGCAGUGAUAGACUGACUAAAAGUGAGGCCGCACCAGCAGGGCCAAUGGAUGUUUUGGAUUUAGAUGCGAUUAUAUUGGUCCCGAAGUUGCCCAAAUCUACCCCCCACACACUCCGGUAUACGGAGCGCCUCAACAUUACCAGCACACCUCCGGAUACGCUUCAGAAGCAGUCCAAUACCAAGGCUUCAAGAGACCUGGGCCUCAAGGGAGGUGGGGAUCCGAAGAGACGGUUACGAGGCUACCAAGGUUCCAACUUUGUGGAGGGAUAUGUCAACAAACGUCAUGCCAAAUCAACCUGUUACGGUCAACAAGGGGCAAACGCGCCCAAUUACAACCCACAGGGCGGCUCAGGAAAUCCCACCAAGUAG